CUUUGUCCCAAUCAGGCGCAGGGGGAGGAUCCGCUGGCCGCUGCGGUUAUUCGGCGAGGAGUGGUGGCCGGCCGGUCGGCCCGAGUGUGAGGGGAAUUGAGGCAGCAUGUCAUCGGGAAGGGAGAACGGCGUCGAUGGCUGUAUGGAGCCCGACUUGGACUCUGAGCAGCUCCUCAGGAUUCUCUAUGGAAAAGAGGUCAGGACACUGGAUUUCCCAGAAGGCGCUGUGACUGCAUCCCUGGAGAGGGACUUUGAGCUGCGUGGUUUUGGGUUUGAGGCAGCCCCAGAGCAGCUCCGCCCGCCGCACAUUGUUAGAGUGGGGCUUGUUCAGAACAAGAUUGUCCUUCCCACCGACUCGCCGGUGUCUGACCAGAUUGCAGCUCUUCACAAACGAAUCGGGGACAUUGUGGAAGUUGCCGCCAUGUGUGGGGUAAACAUCAUCUGCUUCCAGGAGGCUUGGACUAUGCCUUUUGCCUUUUGCACCAGAGAAAAGUUGCCAUGGACAGAAUUUGCUGAAUCUGCAGAAGAGGGGCAAACACCCAGGUUUUGCCAGGAGCUUGCAAAGAAGUACAACAUGGUAGUAGUCUCUCCAAUCUUGGAGCGGGAUGAGUCUCAUGGCGACACAUUGUGGAACACUGCAGUGGUGAUUUCCAAUACCGGCAAGAUUCUUGGCAAGACCAGGAAGAACCACAUUCCCAGGGUUGGAGAUUUUAAUGAGUCUACAUAUUACAUGGAAGGGAACACUGGUCACACAGUGUUUCAGACUACAUUUGGACGGAUUGCUGUAAAUAUCUGCUAUGGUCGACACCACCCGUUGAAUUGGUUAAUGUACAGCAUUAAUGGAGCGGAAAUUAUCUUCAACCCUUCUGCUACUGUGGGGGAGCUGAGUGAACCAUUGUGGCCCAUUGAAGCCAGAAACGCAGCUAUUGCCAACAGCUGCUUCACCUGCGCCAUCAACCGAGUGGGAACCGAACAGUUCAAGAACGAGUUCACUUCUGGUGAUGGCAAGAAGGCUCAUAAGGACUUUGGACAUUUCUACGGCUCCAGCUACGUUGCUGCACCUGACGGUAGUCGGACUCCUGGUCUGUCCCGUACCAGGGACGGGUUGCUUGUUGCUGAGCUGGAUCUCAAUUUGUGCAGACAGACAAGUGAUAAAUGGGGCUUCAAGAUGACUGCGAGGCUGGAGACGUAUGCGGACGAGCUUUAUCAAGCAGUGCAGUACAACUUCCAGCCCAACAUUGUCACUGAGUAUUGACACAAGCUGGAGGCCUGGACCAGAGGGGCAGGGUUUAAUCAGCUCAGCUUCCUUCCCGUCUUUUGCCCAAGGUCACUCACUAUACUUCGGUCACUUUGUCUUGUAGAAAAAAGCUAUUAAAAAAAGAGCUGCCAACUUGAAA